AUGGAUACUGCUUGCUCGAGUACCCUUGUUGCGUUUCAUACUGCUUGUCAAGGAUUGCGCAGUGGAGCGGCUGAUAUUGCAAUUGUCGCUGGAGCGAAUCUUUUCCUGAGCCCCGAUAUGGCAAUGUCACUGAAUAACCAAGGUUUCCUAUCGCCUGAUGGACGAUGCUGGAGCUUUGAUGAGAAAGCCAACGGAUAUGGCCGUGGAGAAGGCUUCGGAGCGAUUAUUCUGAAGCGCGUCGACGAUGCGAUCGCAGACAACGAUGUCAUUCGCGCCGUCGUCCGCGCGACAGGAACGAACCAGGACGGUAGGACACCGGGAAUCGUCCAGCCGAGUCGGUCAGCCCAAGCGGAUUUGAUCAGAGAUACGUAUAGGAAGGCUGGGCUGGACAUGCGACUGACGCGAUACGUCGAGGCACAUGGAACGGGGACGUCGGUUGGAGAUCCUAUUGAGGCGGGUGCCAUUGCUGAUGCUUUUGGAGAGAACAUUUCCUCUGAGAGGCCACUGUAUAUUGGCUCAGUCAAGUCGAAUAUUGGUCAUCUCGAGGGAACUAGUGGUAUUGCAGGUCUCGUGAAGAGCAUCCUGAUGCUGGAGAAGGGGAUGAUACCGGCAAUUUCAGGGCUUGAAGAAGUAAAUAAAACUAUUGCGAUGAAUCAUCCCGAUCUUGUGUUUCCGAUGGAUUUCUGUCCCUGGCCAUCAGAUGGAGUGCGCCGACUUUCUAUCAAUUCGUUUGGAUUUGGAGGGACAAAUGCGCACGUUGUCAUGGAUGAUGCUCAGAACUAUCUGAAGUUUUCUGGAAUGACUCAGGACCAGAUGAAACCUUUCAUGAAUGGUUCUAUCAGAGAUAAAAACAAGAGCUCUGCACCGCCAAAAAUCCUAGUAUUUUCAGCGCAAGAUGAGAAGGGCAUUGGACGAAUCGAAAAGGCAUACAACGAGUACCUUGCUACAGCUCCGGGCUCUUUUGAUGAGAACUACCUGACAAAACUGGCAUUCACAUUGAGUGACCGACGCAGCUCAUUGCUGUGGCGUUCUUAUGCGGUUUGCAAUUCUCAUGAAGACCUGAAAAAGGGGAUAAGUCUUUCGCCUGCGUGCAGGGCUUUAUCAAUUACUCGUCUUUUGUUCUGCUUUACUGGACAGGGUGCACAGUGGUUUGCCAUGGGACGGGAACUGAAGAUAUGCGACGUCUAUUGGAAAAGCAUUAGACAGAGUGCAUCAGUGUUGGAAGCCCUGGGGUGUCCGUGGAGUCUUUCCAAGGAACUCUCCAGCACACAGGAAGACUCGCAAGUCAAUGAGCCAGAAUUCAGUCAGACACUUUGCACGGCGGUGCAGAUUGCUGUGGUCGACCUUUUGGAGAGCGUCGGGGUUCGACCAGUGACAGUAGUUGGCCACUCAUCGGGUGAAAUCGCGGCUGCAUACUGCAUGGGAGCCCUAGAUCGACGCUCUGCGAUUAGUGUUGCGUACUACAGAGGACUUCUUUCAUCACGACUUGCCAAGGACAAGAAGAGUCAAGGAAGGAUGCUCUCUGCUGGUACAUCGGAGACCAAGAUACACUGUUACUUUUCCGCAAUUAAAGCCAAAUUUGGCUACCUUGGUGUUUCAGUCGGCUGUAUCAACAGUCCGUCUAACGUGACAGUAACUGGUGACGAACCACAGAUCGAUACACUUAAAGAUCUGCUGGACAAUGAUGGCAUCUUCGCUCGAAAGCUUGCAGUAGGCGUUGCCUAUCAUUCUACUCACAUGAACACCAUAGCCACAGAGUACUCGAAGGCUAUGGGGAAGCUGUCCCGAAGGAAUACAGUGUCACCAAUCAAGAUGGUAUCUUCGGUCACAGGAGGCCUCGUAACACCCAGCGAAGUUAGCAAAAAGGAGUACUGGACUCAGAAUAUGGUCUCUCCUGUGAGGUUCGUGGAAGCCUUAUCUAGCGCUGCGUCACUUCGCAUCUUGCAGAACAAUCAAGCGGUGCAAGACAAGUCCCGUUUGCAGGUUGAUGAUGUCCUAGAGAUUGGUCCUCAUUCAGCGCUGCAGCGUCCGGUGAAAGACACACUCAAGGCGAUAAGCAAUAAUACUACCGUUGGAUAUGCCUCUUCAUUGGUAAGAGGUUCCAGUGCUGUUGACACGCUAUAUAACGCUCUGGGUUAUCUUCACUGCCGCGGGCAUAAGAUUAGCAUCAAGUCCAUUAAUGAGCUUAACACACAUCCUGCCCCCGCACUCCUACCGUUGACAAAUCUGCCCGAAUACCAAUUCGAUCAUUCUAACACUUACUGGAGAGAGUCCCGUGUCAGCAAAGGCCAUCGAUUCAGGGGCGCACCGCGGAACGAUUUCCUAGGAAUGCGUGUACCCGACUGGAAUCCACUGGAGGCAAAAUGGAGAAGACGAAUCAAGCUAUCCGAGGACCCAUGGAUCGGGGACCAUACUAUCGCAUGGGUGAAUAUUCUCCCUGCAGCAGCUAUGGUGGUCAUGGCGGUCGAAGCAGCUAAAAGUGUCGCGAGAUCGCUAUCGCGAUCAGACAGGGUAAUUACAGGAUACACGCUCAAGGAUAUAACAUUCUCUCGAGCUAUAACCAUUGUUCCGGACUCGGACGGGACAGAAGUUGAGUUCUACCUUCGCUCGGGCAAUAAGGCUGCGGACCGAGAGGAGACCUGGUCAGAGUUUCGCCUGUAUUGUAUCGAGAAUGAUGCCUGGGUUGAAGCCUGCAGUGGUAGCAUUCUCGUAUCCUUUGUCGAAGACUCGGGACAAGUCGACAGAGGACUUGAAGUAGAUCAAGAAAACGCAAGACACGCAUCCGAGCUGGCCCGGAUUCGCUCUUCGUGCUCUCAUCCCCUCGACAUGAAUCGCAUGUACAGGCUUCUGGCUCAAAAGGGGGUCGAAUUUGGACCUGCACAUCAAGUCAUUAAGACUGGCGCAUACAACGAAGACCAGGAGUGCUUUGGCGAACUCGAUCCAAACCAGUGGAAAGUCAAGUACAGAAAAUUAAAGCAGACAGACUAUACCAUUCAUCCCACUACCCUGGACGGCUUGUUCCAUCUGGGCCUUCUUAGCAUGACAGACGGCGGCACCAAUAUCUCCCCUAGUGUUGUGGCUGGAAUUCAGCGACUUUGGAUUGCAGAGCCCGACAGAAUCUAUCCAGAUGACAACAGGCCUCGAUUGCUGGCGUGGAACAAGUCCGACUUCCUUGGAUUGGGCAACACCAUUUCGACUGUCGUCGCACUGGACUCAGAACACCAGUCGAUUGUCGUAUUGGAUGGUCUCGAAGGGAAGUUUUUAAAGGAGGGCGGAGUCGAGGAACAGAGUCGUCGGUUAUGCUGGAACUUCGACUACCGUCCUGAUAUUGAGCUUCUUACGCGAGACGAGCUACAUGACGAAGUCACCACAACGUUUCCCAUUCAGCCGUCGCCCUUCCAGCUCGAUCAUGAUGUCAAAUUACUACUCUAUCUGUGCAUCCUGAGAACAUUGAAACAGCUCACGCCUGCUGACAUUGAGAAACUAGCACCCCACCAUCAGAGAUAUCUCGCCUGGAUGCAACGCGAGAAAAAGAAGGUAGACACCGAAUCCACAAACAGCGGCGUGGAUGUGAAGCCACACUUGGACGACGACCAUUUAUAUAUCGAGUUACUCAACCGUCUGGAGAACGAAAAUAAACGUGGCAGGUUCUACGCGGUCUUAUCACGAAACAUCUAUAAUAUUCUCACAGGUACUCAGGAAGCGCUGGAACUCAUGUUCCAGACACCCCUAGUCAAGGAUUACUAUCGCGAGCUCUACAAAGCGACAAACGGCUUGUCAAAAGCCCUUGCAUUUUUGGACCUCUACGCCCACAAACACCCUAAUAUCAAGAUCUUGGAAAUCGGAGCAGGUACAGGAGGCAUGACCAAAUAUAUUCUCGAUCGUCUGACGCAAAAUGGAUCUGGGAAGCCCGGUGCUGGCGCUCCUCGUUUUUCGCAUUAUACCUAUACAGAUAUCUCGGCGGGGUUCUUUUCCGAUGCUGCGCCUAUGUUUGAGAACUUCUCUGGCAAGGUGACCUUUUCGGUACUCGAUAUUGAGAAAGACCCCGUUCUUCAGGGAUUCGAAGAGGAGGCCUAUGACCUUAUCAUCGCUGAUAAUGUGUUCCAUGCUACGCAGAAUCUCGACACGACGGUCAAACACGCGAGAAAGCUGCUCAAGCCUGGAGGAAAGCUUGCUCUCUUUGAGCUGACUGAUCCAGAAGUUGUGCGGACUAAUUUUGCCUUUGGUCUUCUUCCCGGAUGGUGGAGAUAUGCCGAUGAGUAUCGUGAAUUUAGCGCUGGUGUUUCGGAUUCUGUCUGGGACACGGUUCUCAAGAAGGCUGGGUUCUCGGGCAUUGAUCUGAACCUGCAGGAUUAUGAUGAUACUAUAUGUCAUGAGCAUAGUGCAUUGAUCUCGACUGCGGUGGGCGAUUUUUCGGGUCCUUUGCAACAACCACAGACGCUGGUCGUGUUUGAUGAUUCCAUUCCUCUACAAAAGAGGGUCUGUGAUAUUCUGUCUAUUGGAUUGAAGGAGUCUGGCGUUCAAGAGGUCAUUGCUCUUUCACUCGAAGAAGCGGUCAAGCGUGACGACCUCGGACAAUGGUUCUGCAUUGUGAUUCUGGAGGUUGGGGGUUGCUUCCUAAGACCAAUGGACGGAAUCCAGUACCAGAAGAUUAAGAGACUUUUUCAAGCAGAGGGUGGCAUGCUCUGGGUGUGCAUGGGCGGUGGAGUGCGACCAGAACAUCCAGAUCACGCUCUAAUACAGGGAGCGUUCAGGGGACUGCGAAUGGAGGAGCGACAUUCCAAAUAUAUUUCGUUAUCUCUAGAGGCUACCUCAACAGAUCCCCUGCAUAUUAGCAGUCGGAUUAUUCAGAUAUUCGACACUAUUGCCACUAAGCCGGUGGAUGAGUGCGAACAGGAAUACGUGGAGAGAAACGGCAAUAUCUGUAUCGAUCGAUUUAUCGAGGCUGACUACUUGAACCAGGAGAUGGGGUCUUUAAUGCAGGGCACGCAGACCAGUGAGUCCAAAUUUGGCGACCAUAAAGCACUCACACUCAGUAUCAGAUCCCUCGGGCUGCUGGAUUCCCUGGAGUUUGUGGAAGACGAAGCAGUACAAUUGGCGCUGGCGCCCGAUGAGAUCAUGAUCAACGUCGAAGCUAGCGGUGUCAACUUCCGCGAUUGUCUUAUUGCUUUGGGUCGUAUCCCUGGGAACAGUUUUGGAUUCGAAUGCUCUGGCACAGUCAGCCAGAUGGGCCAUGAGGUACGGAACAUGAAAAUUGGUGAUCGGGUCUGUGCCAGUGCCAUUGGCUCCUAUCAGACUUAUACUCGCUGCAAGGCAAGCGAUGCAAUUCUUAUCCCCAGCUCCAUGAGCUUUGUUGACGCUGCAGCACUACCGGUCGUUUUCACCACUGCUUUCUAUGCCCUGGUCCAUGUCGCCCACAUCCAGAAAGGAGAGUCAAUUCUUAUCCACUCCGCAGCUGGCGGAACUGGACAGGCGGCUAUCCAGGUGGCGAAGAUGUUCGACGCCGAGAUAUUCGUAACCGUGGGCUCCGACGAGAAGAAAUCGCUACUCAUGAACACAUACCAAAUUCAUGAAGACCACAUCUUCGACAGCCGAAACACAUCCUUCGUCAAGGGGAUAGAGCGGAUGACCACUAACAGAGGAGUGGAUGUCGUCCUCAACUCGCUCAGCGGGGACUUGCUAGUCGAAAGUUGGCAGUGUAUUGCACCAUUUGGUCGGUUCCUCGAACUCGGAAAGAAGGAUAUCCUCUCGAACGGCCAGCUUCCAAUGCGUCCAUUUUCUAGAAACGCGUCGUUCCAUGCUAUUGACCUCAACGAGGCGAGGAAGUACCAUCCCGUACUGCUUCAGGAACUACGAAAUAAUAUCACCUCGUUGCUUGCGGAAGGCAAAAUCUCCCCGCCUCAACCGGUCCAUGUUUAUGGGGUGGGUGAGAUAGAAAAAGCGUUUAGGUAUCUCCAGGGUGGAAAAAACACAGGAAAGACUGUGAUUGAGAUAAGACGGGACGACAUUGUUAAGACGAACCUGAAACUCCAGCGCACGUGGAAAUUCAACGACCACGCUACGUACAUAAUCGCUGGAGGACUCGGUGGCAUUGGGCGAAGCACAGCACGCUGGAUGGCCGCUCGCGGCGCUAAGAAUCUCGUCCUGCUGUCACGUUCGGGUAUUUCCAACGAUGAGGCGCGAGAGCUGGUCGAUAGCCUUCGGAAACAAGGGACACGAGUGGAGGUGCCACUGUGCAAUAUUGCGCAGUUCAAUUCGGUGAAGGACGUUAUCGAUGAGAUCAGCACCACGAUGCCUCCUAUCAAGGGCUGCAUCCAAUCCGCCAUGGUUCUUAGGAACAAAAUCUUCGGAAACAUGACCUAUCAAGACUGGACAGAUACCGUCGACUGCAAAGUCUCUGGGACAUGGAACCUGCAUCGGCUCCUCCCGACAGGAAUGGACUUCUUCAUUAUGUUCUCCUCUGUAGCUGGUGGAGUCGGUGGUACGGCAUCAGUGAACUACUCGUCCGCAUGCGCAUAUCAGGACGCACUCACUCACUACCGCAACUCGAUCGGCGAAAGAGCAACCACGUUGAAUCUCGGCGUCAUGGUGGACGACGGGACGUUACGUGACAAUGACGCAGUGAAAACAGCCCUCCUCGGGACGGGGUAUCUACUCGGAAUUAGACAGAAGGACAUGUUCGCUCUGCUCGAACACCACUGUAACCCGGACUUAGGAAUCCCAGUCACUCCCCUCAAAUCGCAGGUCAUCGUGGGCAUCGAUAUCCCGUCCAAAAUUAAAGCCAGCGGCGCAGAAGUCCCGAAUUUCAUGACUCGACCUAUGUUUCGGGGAACUUGGAAUAUCCACGACUCUGACUCGACGGUGCAGGAAGACGCCGUUGCGGACGUGGUCAAGGAGUUGGUGGGCAUUCGUACUCUCGAUGGUGCAGCUGAUAUCAUUGCUACUUGUCUUAUGCAUCGGCUUAGCAAAGCGCUGGGUGUUCCGCUGGAAAAUCUGGAUUCGUCCAAGGCAAUUCACCUGUACGGGGUUGAUUCGCUGGUGGCAGUAGAGCUGAGGAAUUGGUUCAAAUGGAAGCUGGAAGCAGAGGUGGCUGUUUUCGAGGUUCUGGGGAAUUCCACUUUUGAGGAUAUUGGGGCUUUGGUUGCUGGGAAGAGCAGGAUUGUUGCUAAGUUGUUGGAUGGAGUUAAGGCAGAUUCAUAG